AUGCCAGGGAAGGGGGCAGACACAGUUGUUAGCCUUGUGCAUCACUAUUUCCAUUACCAUGGCCUUGGAGAACAGAAUGCAGAAAUUCAUUUUGAUAACUGUGCCGGGCAAAACAAAAAUCAUACCGUUCUUUGGUAUGCUCUUUGGAGAACAAUGACAGAGUUCCACCCGGAUUGGCACUUCGGCCUAUGGAAAAACAGAUGGAGGAAGUCAAAUGCAGAGACAAUUGGAGAAGUAGGUGCUACUGUAACCAGCUCAUCACGGAGUGGUCAUAACAUUCCUCAACUUGUUGGUGAUCCCGAAAAACCUGUCAAAUUCUUCUAUUGGAAACUGUAUCUUCAACAGUUUUUCAAACAAAUGAAGAACAUCUCAAAGUACCAUCAUGUUGUACUUGAAGGUAGGCAAACAGGCCAGGCCUUGUGCACAGUGAAGAGUCAGUUUGCUGCAUCAGAUGUUUUCGAGUUUGCGUUGCUAAAAAAUAAUGCAGUUGUUGUUCCUGGACUCCCAUCAAAUGUCUGCAUCAAGGGCAUGGAUGUUGAGCGGCAAUGGUGUUUGCCUGACACAAUCUGGGAAUUCUGCCGAAUUGACAUAAGGACAUAG